GGUUGGAGAGAGUCAUUCAACGCAGCAUAAACUCCCACUUAACAGUUAAAAGCGAUGUUGGCUCUCUUGCGGUUCUCCUCCCACUCAGCCAAACCCACAUAAAGCACUUGUCAAAAUUGGGAACGGGACCCAAUUUAUCUCGCCCUCAACGACCACGAGCAGCGAUGGCAGACACGGAGAGCCACGGUUCGACUUUCCCCGACAUCGUGGAGCUCAACGUGGGCGGUCAGGUGUACGUGACCCGGCUCGAGACCCUCACGGCGGUGCCCGACUCCCUGCUGUGGGCCAAGUUCAGCCAAAGUUCCCCGGACGAGCUCCCGAAGGACGGCAAGGGUCGCUUCUUUUUCGACCGAGACGGCUUUCUGUUCCGCUACAUUUUGGACUACUUGCGGGACUCGGAGCUCUUCUUGCCCGAGUUCUUCAAGGAGAGAAGGCGGUUGCAGAAGGAGGCAGACUUCUUCCGGCUCCCGGAGCUGUCGAGGCGCCUGGCGGCCCCCAGCAAGGAGACCUCCCCCACGGAGGACGGCGGGGAGCCGGAGGAGGCUGAGCUCGCCAGCCCUACCACCACCACCACCACCACCACCCCAUCCUCGUCGUCGGACAGAACCCUGCGCUCGCCCGGGUCCGGCGCGGGCUACAUCACGGUGGGCUACCGGGGCAGCUACACCAUCGGCAGGGACAUCCAGGCGGACGCCAAAUUCCGCCGAGUGGCCCGGAUAACCGUGUGCAGCAAGAUCGGCCUCGCCAAAGAAGUGUUUGGGGAAACGCUGAAUGAGAGCCGAGACCCGGAUCGAACCCCGGACAAGUACACGUCCAGGUACUACCUGAAGUACAACUUCCUGGAGCAGGCGUUCGACCGUCUGGCCGAGGCCGGCUUCCACAUGGUGGCCUGCAACUCCACCGGGACGUGCUCGUACGCCAGCAGCGACCCGGGGGAGGACAAAGUGUGGACCAGCUACACCGAGUACGUUUUCAGUCGGUGAACUUGUGAGCCAAGUGCCAGUUCGUGACUUCUUUUUGCAGUGUUUCACUUAUAAUUGUCGUGUUUUAUGGGUACACUUUGGAACCAAAGUGGGGGUUGAUUUCCUUAUUUGUGUAUACUUUGUAAACUAGGAAAGAGUGCCGAUGGGGUUCAGAGAGAGCAGGAGUCAGUCAGUUCUUUAGAUUAGAAAAUACUUCUCGGGUAGUCAAUAAAUAUCCUUAUGCAACACUUUAUUUCUGUAACUCUCAGUUUGUGCUUACUUCUACAACAUUCCUUGAAAAUAACGUCCCAUCACUGGCGGCUAUUUUUUAGAACGGGGCCACAGGCUCCAUAUGUUGGUGGGUCAUUGCUCUAGAGUCUAGAGCAAGGACAUAAAGUGUAGGACAUGAAUAUCGUCAUGUAAAUAUGAUGUUUGGUGUUUAAACGUACAUAAUCAUACAUGUGUUAUUUUUAAAACAACGUUCUCGGUGAUACUACUAUUAAUACACGUCUUGAUUUUGGAAAUUGUUUUGGGAAUAAUUGUAAUCUUUUGUUGUGUAGCUGAUACAUAUGUGAAAGAAAAAGGAAUGUUUAUCAUACAACUAACUAACUGAAGUAAAACGUUUUCACUGCAAGAAUAAUAUUCAAAACUGGCAGUCAGAUUGGCUGACUGAUUCUCAGAUUUUUUAAGAAAGCCAAAAUAGGCUGUGAUAUCUACUGUAUGAUCUGUACUGUAUAUAUUUAACCAUAUUAAAGAAAAUGUGACAUGGCAAUGCA